UGGCUGACUGGAAGUGGCGUACGUGCAGAGCGCAGCCCGUGAGUGGCGGCGCAAACUCCUCCUCCUCCGCCCUCGACUCCAGCCAGAGCGAGCGAGCGAGUGAGGAGGGAGGCAGGCGCGCAGGCAGGCAGGCCGAGGGGCUCGCGCCGGCACUCGGCGGCGGCUUUCCCUCCCUCAGCGCUGCAGGCUGAGGCCGGGCAGGAAAGGGCCGGGCAGUCUCGGCGGGAGAGGGGCUGCUUCCCUGCCCCGCCACCGAGGCUCGCCGCCGCUAUGAGGCGGUGACAGAAGCGAGCCUCGGAGGAGGCGGCGGCGGGCAAGAGGGCGGCGGCGGCGGCGGCGCUGGGCUUUGGUGGCUGACUGUCCUCCGCCCACCAGGAGCGGAGCGGGAGGCGGGCGAGGCAGCCGGGGGCCGCAGCGCUGACUGGGGUCGGCCAUGAUGAAGUGAGCCGCUCGCCUCCUUCUCCUUCCCAAGGCCGCUCGAGGAGAAGCAGGGGCGACCGAGGAGGGGGACGCGGCAACAUGGCCAAUGACAGCGGUGGGAGUGGCGGCGGCAGCAACGGCAACAGCGGCGGGGCCGGACAAGGCGGCGGCGGCGGCGACAGUAACAGUGUCGGUGGUGGCGGCGGCGGCGGCUGCAGCGCCAGCAGCGAGCGGGACCGGCAGUACUGCGAGCUGUGCGGGAAGAUGGAAAACCUGCUGCGUUGCGGGCGCUGCCGCAGCUCCUUCUACUGUAGCAAAGAGCACCAGCGCCAGGACUGGAAGAAGCACAAGCUCAUCUGCCGGGGGAGCGAGCCCAGCGCGGCGGCGGCGGCGGCUGGAGGGGGCGUUGCUCAGCACCGGAGCGGCGGCGGCGGCGAGCGACACCAAGGCCACGGCCACGCUCGCCCCCACCAGCCCUCCGUAGGAGGAGAAGGAGAGGGGACGGCCGCCGCCGCCAAGAAGGUAACGGCGCUCCCGGCCAAGCCGCAGCCGGACUCUACCUCGGAAGAGAAGAAGGCGGCCGUGGCGGCGACGGUAACGAACAACCACGUUGCCAAAGUGGCGCCAGAGAGCCGAGGGCAGGAAGGGGAGGAGGGCAAGGAAGCGGCCGCGGCGGCUCCCGGAGCCGGGAAGGCGGCGCUCCUCUACCGGGAUAAGUCCAACUUGAGCACGGAGGAGUCGCUGCGCCCCAACGGGCAGAUGAAGUCCCUGGUGCCGCAGCGGCUGGCGCUGGAGUACAUCGUGCCCUGCAUGAACAAGCACGGCAUCUGCGUGGUGGACGAAUUCCUCGGCAAGGAGCUGGGCGGGCAGAUCGAGCAGGAGGUGCGCGCCCUGCACCACACCGGGCACUUCACGGACGGGCAGCUGGUCAGCCAGAAGAGCGACUCCUCUCGGGACAUCCGCGGCGACAAAAUCACCUGGGUGGAAGGCAAGGAGCCCGGCUGCAUGACCAUCGGGAAGCUUAUGAACAGUAUGGACGAUCUCAUUCGCCACUGCAACGGCAAGCUGGGCAACUACAAAAUCAACGGCAGGACGAAAGCAAUGGUGGCUUGUUAUCCAGGCAAUGGAACAGGAUAUGUGCGCCAUGUUGAUAAUCCAAAUGGAGAUGGAAGAUGUGUCACAUGUAUAUAUUACCUUAAUAAAGACUGGGAUGCCAAGGUAAGUGGAGGUAUUCUUCGAAUAUUUCCUGAAGGCAAAGCCCAGUUUGCUGACAUUGAACCUAAGUUUGAUAGAUUGCUGUUUUUCUGGUCUGACCGCCGCAACCCUCAUGAAGUGCAGCCUGCAUUUGCUACAAGGUACGCAAUAACAGUGUGGUAUUUUGAUGCAGAUGAAAGAGCCCGUGCUAAAGUAAAAUACUUAACAGGUGAAAAAGGUGUGGAGACUGAACUUAACAAGCCUCCUGAUUCAAAUGGGAAAGACCUUCUAUAAAGCCUUUGAUCUAGUAAUUCCCUGUGCUACGUCCUGGUCCAUCUCCCCCUCCCCACAACAGUCCUAGGCGCUGUCUAUUAACUUUUGAAUGUGAAUAAUGAGAUAAAGGAAAAUCAACGCCAAAUCAACGUUUGGAAUAAACAAAUGAAUUAUGGGUUUCAGUGUUUCAUCAAAUGGAUUUCUAAUAGCUUAUGCAUUGUACUACAUGAUUGUGACUCUAGUCCUGUUAACUGCUUAUGUGACGAUAAGCAUUGAGAAAAAAAACAGCUUACACAUGAAGUGCCCUACAUAGAAGUUUUCCAUCCUUCAUAUUUUGCCAUUCAAUCAUCCAGUUCAAUGCUAUUUAUCAUCCCCCCUUUUUUAAAAUGUGGUAAAAGUUUUGAAUUUUAAAUAAUUUUUGUAUAACCAGGUACAGCUGAUCAACAUCGAGCAAAGCAAACAUUUUUCUCCAAAAUGGCAUUUAACUAUUUUUGUAAAUUUGCUGUUCACACUGUUCUCCUACCAUGUAAAACCUAAUUUAAAUAAGAAUUGCCAGUAACUGAUGAUCACUCUGUCUUUACACUUAAGUCUGAAAAGGAGCACUUUAAUUCCCAUGUAAGAACCCAAUUGUUUUAUUUUCAUAUCUUACACUAAUUUGAAUAUUUUUUUUAAGAUUGCUGCUGUAUUGUGUUUGUGUUCUCUGAAACUUUUUUUUUUAAAAAACUGAAACAGAUGCCUAUCUUGCUGUCAAUUACUUCCUUAAAUUUGUGGUUUUAUAUGUUGUAUCCAGAGAGCAAGCUUUCUGUAUCUGUGUCAUUUGGGUUUUCUAAGUGACUGGCUAGCACUAAGUGGACUUGACGUUAUCCGUACUGUCUUUUUCAUGUUGAGAACUGUGGCUGCAGUUCCGCUGGGGACUUCAUCUAUGAGAGCCAUUCGAUGUGAAUGAAAAUCAUUCAAGAACACAACAGUACUCAUGUGCAGCUCCUGCUUUUUCCAGUGGGGCUUGUGCAGAUGAAGUGCCAGGUGGACUCUGCCCAUAAGUAUCAAAUCCCUAGAACAUAAGGGCUUUCCUAGGCUUUUAGGUGUACCAACAUCCUUUCUACUACUUUAAUGGGAGAUCUCAAUCUUGACUUGUUUUCAAAAGCUUACUUUCUGCUACGUUUUUUGGUAAGGUCAUGAAACUUCAGAGAUUUCCCCCCAAAGCAGUAGUAUCCUCAUUUGCAGUUGGGUCCCUUGAUCCCCUUAUAUACUAUCAAGGGGUAUAUUUAAUGCAUUAAGACUGAAGUGCAUCACUGCAGGCUUAAUAUGUAAAUAUUUUCCUACUGCUGAGAAUUUUUCUCCCCAAAAUAACAUUGGCCUCUGAUCAAUACGAAAAUGUUUUUGACAAGGAAAAACUAAAUUACUUUUAAGUGAGGAAGCAAUAGAGAAUAAAAUUAAUUCAACCAGAUAUUUUGAAAUGUUUUAUUUUGAAGGGAUGGGUUUGUGCUCAAAAGUAACCCCCUGGAGGGAAGCUUCUGAGUUCUAGCAGCCUUACAAACAGGAGCCUCCCCAUUUAAAGGCUCCAUAUUUUAUCCCUUGAUUCCCUCACUUAACCAAAACAAUGUGAGUGUACAGAAAUAUUUCUGUAUGUACAACUUUGCCUAUUUUAGCAUCUGUAUAGUUUGUACUUGUAUUAGAGACCUUUUCUAUGGAAAGCUCAGUAAUUUUUAUUAAAAAAAAGCUUACUAUUCAUGUAAAACAUGAAAAAAAAGGAUUACGUUUAGUGACAACUGACAAAAGGUGGGAAAUUCAGUAUUGUGAUAGCAUACUAAGGGAACAUCUGGCAAAAGUCUUUGGGGUUUUUUUUGUUUCCCCCACCCCCUUUAAAACGAUUAGCUGUCAAAACUUUUAACAGUUUGGUUUUUCUCUUAAUCCUGGUAAAUCCGAAGAAAACAUGUCUACUGUAAGUGCCUCUGCAAGCCUGACCAAGGAGUGCAAAUUUUCUCUACUGUCUGGUCUGCAGUGCAAUGCACUGUUUUAGGCCUAAGAAACACCAUUUCUAACUUUUAACUGCUUUUGUAUUAUGUUAAAUGUGUUAGACAUGGACAACAUAAUAAGCCUUUACAUUUUUUGUUUGUUUGUCCCUCUGUUCAAAGUAUCAACAUCUUACAUUUGUGCUUGUUGGGAAGAUUUAAAAUGUGCUUAAAUCUCUCAGUUGGUUAUUUUACAAAAGGUCACCAAACUGGGUCUUCUAAUAUCCAUUUAGAAGCUGUUCAUGUCAGUUAAAUCUUCAGCCUUGGGCGUUACCAAGCAGGAACCUGUUUCAGACUAUUUUUAAACUGUCUUAUGGCCUGUAUAUGUGUUUAGUCCUGGUUAAAGAUAAAGCUUCAUAAUGCUAUUUUUAUUUCAUGACAUUAGCCAGCUGUAAAACACAAGACUUUUAUCUAGCAGGCAAAGAAAUUCAGAAUUAAUUUGCAGAUUUCCUAUAAAGUCAUGUAACUUUUGAAAAGCAGUGUUCAUUACUGAAAGAGCUCUCAAGUUGCUUGUAAAGCUAAUCUAAUUAAAAGAUGUAUAAAGGUUCUUGAAACAA